GAGUGGGAGUGGGCUCCCCCCCGGCUGCCUCUGCUCGCCCAUAGGUCGCCUGCGCCGUCCGUCAGCUCGCUAGCCCUCACUGAUUGGCUACAGGAGGCGGAUCCGCAGGUGAUCCUCCGCUCAUAGAGGCGCGGGGCGGAGAGAAGGUGAUCAAUCUCCAUCCAUCUCCAUUAGAAAUCACCUUAACACUCUGACAGACAACGACAAGCCCCCUGAAAGCAAAUGAGUUUGAUUUAUUUGGCUGUAAAAACGGCCGGAACCGCACCGAGGACGCGGCGAUGCUGGUGAUGCUGCUCGGUUUGCGCACUGAUAUUUGUUUCUGAGAAAGUCUGCGGCCGCUGCGCGAGUUUUGUGCCCCGCAGACUUCCUGCAGCUGGAUAAUUUUUACUCGCCUCUUGUGGUUCGAGCGCUCGGGACAAGGGAAGGAGAACAACAAGUAGCUGGAAUCGGCCCCCUGACCCGCCAAGCUGCAGCAUCGGGGGAAACUGAACCGCUGGCCUGAGCUGGGUGGAGCAGUGACCGCCUGUAGCAUGAUGUCCUACCUCAAACAGCCCCCCUAUGGCGUCAACGGCCUGGGGCUCAGUGGCGCUGCCAUGGACCUGCUGCACCCCUCAGUGGGCUACCCAGCUACUCCCAGGAAGCAGCGGCGGGAGCGAACCACCUUCACCCGCUCCCAGCUCGACGUCCUGGAGGCUCUGUUCGCCAAAACCCGGUACCCGGACAUAUUCAUGCGGGAGGAGGUCGCACUGAAAAUCAACCUGCCUGAAUCAAGAGUCCAGGUGUGGUUCAAGAACCGGAGGGCCAAGUGUCGCCAGCAGCAGCAAAGCGGCAGCAGUGCCAAAGCCCGGCCGCCCAAGAAGAAGUCCUCUCCGGCCCGGGAGAGUACCGGAUCCGAGAGCAGCGGCCAGUUUACACCUCCUGCUGUCUCCAGCACGGGCUCUUCCUCCUCUUCAUCCUCGUCUACCAAUCACACGGGCCCAGCGGCACUCAGCAGCACCUCUACCUCCAUCAGCACCGUCUCCUCUAUAUGGAGCCCCGCUAUCUCCCCCGGAAACGCUCCGGCUCCUGCCGUGGCCCCGCUCCCUGAGCCCGGGCCCCCAUCUAAUGCCUCCUGUAUGCAGCGUUCCAUGUCAGGCUCCGCUGCAGCUGCCACCUCCUACCCCAUGUCCUACAACCAGACGCCGGGCUAUGGCCAGGGCUACCCCACCCCUUCCAGCUCCUACUUUAGCGGCGUGGACUGUGGCUCCUACCUAGCCCCCAUGCACUCCCAUCACCACCCGCACCAGCUCAGCCCCAUGACGGCCUCAUCUAUGUCUGGCCACCCGCACCACCACAUCUCCCAGUCGUCAGGCCACCACCACCAUCACCACCACCACCAGGCGUACGGCGGCUCCGGCCUGGCCUUCAACUCCUCCGACUGCCUGGAUUACAAAGAGCAGACUGCCGCGUCUUCAUGGAAGCUCAACUUUAACACCACAGACUGCUUGGACUACAAAGACCAGGCGUCCUGGAGGUUCCAAGUCUUGUGAUCAGGCUUUCUUCCCCACCCACCCGCCACUGCCCGCCCUGCUUGUCUGCUCUCUUUUAUUUUCCAGAUUAGCUUACUGCUUGUUUUUUAAAAAGACAAAAGAGUUUAUGAACCAUAAGACAACAAGAUAGCAGCAGGAAUGCUCAAGAAUCGGACUUCCUUCUCCCGCUCGUCCUGUUUCAAAGUUUAAAAAAAAAAGAAAGAAAGAAAAAGACAGACCUGUAAAGAGAAAGCAUCAGGAGCAGAUUUCCUGAAGAUGAAGAAAAAGGGUUUUUUUUAAAGACACCCCUCCUUGGGAUAAGCUUAACAAAACUGUUUUUCCAAGAGUCAUUUCAACCAAACUCCUUUGACCACCAGCUCUCUGGAUGGGAGGAAUAUUUUCCCCUCUGGUGCACCGACGGGAACUGCCUGCCGUGCCCUCUUUACCUCCAUCGAGUCCUGUACAGUUUUUAUUAUUUUCUGGAAUUUGUUAUUUUAGGAUGACAGAGAUUUUUAGUCAGCUGCGCACAGGAGCUGAAAUAUGUAAAUAUGUAUUUGGGUCAGUUACAGUGACCAUGUUUAGUUGUUGUUUUUUCUUUUCUGGAUUUAAAAUUGUUUAUUACCACUUUGAAAGAAAGAAAGAAGAAAAAAAAGAAACUGUAUGUAAAUCUUCCCAAAUAUUCCAAAGAGAACAAAUUGGCCAUAAAGUUCAGCUUUUAUAUCCACCUUGUUUUACUCAGCAAAAUUUGAAAUGUCUUGGUGAAAACUCUAAAUCUAAACUAUAGAUGCAGAAACUAUUCUGGGACAUUUUCUUUUUUCCAGAUAUUAUUAUUAUAAUUAUUAUUCUAGACUCCACGUUUUCAAAGCAGACCACCUCUCUGGGACAUGUUUGAACCGCAGCACUUGGCUUGUUAUUGGAGUCAAAGCUUUUUAUUAUUAUUAUUAUUAUUAUUUUAACUCUUCUGGGGGAGGAGAGGAAAAUGUGGAUUUAUAGCUCCAAAAAUGACAGUGAGAUGUUGAAUGUAUCUUUAAAGGCGACCACCCUUACAUACAUGUUCAUCCAAUAAA